AUGUUAUCCCGGUACUUCGCAGCCGCUGCAGCGGUAUUGGCAACAGUCGCAUCCGCAACUCCCAUUGCUCGGCCGAACGAGACCAAGAACGACUGGGACUUGGAAUGGAUCUCGACCGAUUCGUCGCUACCAAAGGUCGUGUACGAAAGAAUCUACAGCGCCGGCGGAACCAUCCUCUCGGCAUCCAACUACAGCCGUCUCGACAACAUAGCCUACGGCUCCGGGGCCGCGCCCACGCCCGAAGACCUCAUCGGCAACGUCUCGGAGGUCCUCAGCGUCGCACAGCUCGCCAUUGUCAAGUUCCCGGCUUCGGGCGGUAGCGCGGGCCUCAACUCCUCGCUGUACCUCAACAUCAGCCAGUACGCCAACAAACAACUCUGCGCCGAGGGGAGCGACAUUGCCGGGGCCAUCAUGUUCCACGGCACCAACACCCUGGAGGAGACGGCUUUCGGCGUGGACCUGACGUUCAACUGCUCGAAGCCGUUCGUGGCUACCGGCGCAAUGCGACCCGACACCUACAUCUCGCCGGAUGGCCGCUCCAACUUUUACCAAGCGGUCGCCGCGGCCGCGUCGCCGGCUUCACGCAACCGCGGCGGUCUCAUCGCGUUCAACGACAGAAUCACGUCGAUAUACUACUCGACCAAGCUCAACGCGAAUACCCCGGACACGUUCAAGGCUCUCGAGCAAGGUAACCUCGGGGCCUUCCUCGCCGGUCAGCCGUAUUACUUUUUCGACGCGGCGUACCCGACCGGACGUCCCCAUUUCGACGUCGCCAACACGACGGAGCUCCCAGCAGUCAUCAUCGUCUACGGUCAUCAGGGCUUCGACGCCUCGUUGAUGUACGCCGCCGUCCAGAACGGCGCAAAGGGCCUGGUGAUCAUGGGACCGGGUGCGGCGUCCGUCAGCCCCAGCGCUAGAGCCGCGGCAGCCGAUCUCUUGCAGCGGCAGGGAAUCCCUACCGUCUCGGUCGCGAGGCCGGUCACCGGCUCUGGGGUCCCCAGCCCUAUUUCCGGACCGCUUAUCUACUCCAGCUACGUUGGCGGCGAACAAGCUCGUAUCAUGCUACAGCUGGCUAUUAACGCCGGUUACAGCGUCGAUGAAAUCCGAGAACUUUUCGAGAGUCCGCUUAGGAACGCCGUUUACGGAAAUUCGGCGAACCAGCAGUUUUACUACCCUUUAUGA